AUGGUGAACGACGGCCGUCCGUGGACCACCGCGACCUACACCAAACACGACCAAGGAGACGCACAUGACGCCGCACUCAACGAACUGCUGCCGCAACUGGCAAGCGGAUGCCAAGUAAGGGACUCGCUAUUCGACGAGGUGCUGCGAGGGCUGCAAAAUGACGCGCAUGUGGGAGCGAAGUUGCAGGCACUGGCCAUGCUGCACAAGUCCAUCCAGGCGCACAACGGCGGAGAGUACAACCUGGAAGGCAAGAUACUCACGCAAGAAGACACGAAUAAGCUAGCCACCGUGAAGGCGCUGGCACUCUAUGUUGUCAGGCCGCUCGGGGCCGGGGCCUUCAACGCCGACAACGCCAUCAAAUGCGAGUGCGCGAAGAUUCUCAACGCGAUCACCAUGCACAUGCCGUCGAAAAGCUACACGCGGCUAUUCAACGGCGAAGCGCUGCGCAGUGUCAUACUGCUGAUGGAAUACGCAUGCGGCAGCCGCAACAACAGCAGGCUGGAGGACGAGAUGUGGCAGGCCGCCGUCUCCAUCUUCAAGAACCUGCUCACGGUCAUGGAGCUGCCGUACGAUCUGGUCGAUCAGACGCUGAAUUGCGUGCGCGGCAAGUAUGACGCGGCCUCCGCAGAGUUCUGUUACGUGCUCGUCGCCAAGGUGCUCUUGCCGAAGCUUGUCGAGAACGUGACAACCGGCGUGCGCCUGCACAUGCAGACGAACCUGUCGAGCAUGUGCCGACGGGCGGUGCAGUACUUCGCGGAAGUGAUCGCCAACAGCAACGACUGCCAGGUGCUCAGCAAGGCAUGCACAGCGCUCCUGUGCGUAGGCGAGCACCGGUUCGGAGUGGACAUGCUCCUCGAGGCCAACUGCCUGCCUGGCGUGUUAAAGAUCGCGCUGACUGUGGUUUACAAGCAUGAGGAAUUUCUCAGCACACUCAGGGACAAGGACGUCUACGACGCGGCAACGAUAUCGCAGAUGAGGGACAGCAUCACCCCGCAGAUGCACCAGCUCAGCUUCGACGCAAUAUCGGUCAUCAGCAAGAUUGCGUACACCGCAAACCGCAGACAGGUCACGGCGCUGCUCGACAUGGGCGCGGCAGAAGCGGUCGUCAGGAUGCUCAACUGUCCCAUCUCGUCAGUCGUGCUCAUGACGCGGGCGGCGAACACCCUCGGCAACUUAGGGUGCGAAUCGGAUACCGAGGUGCAGAUCAUCAUAGACGCGGACGCGUUGCCGACGCUAGUGAGGACAUACCGGGAGGUGCACGAGCAGAACACCAAGGUCGAGGCGGCGUACGCAAUUUGCGCCUGUGCGUCCAGAGCCAACAGAAGACAGGUCGGAUACAUCGUCUCCUGCACCUCAAGGUCCUGUACAAUAGGUAUGUGUGCAGAUACCCAAUAUGAUACUCCCGCAGGUAGCAACAGCUGCAUGGCGCUGAUGUGUGAGGUGAUCGACUUCGUCUGCAAGAACGACCCGCGAAGCGAGGGGAACAUCAGGCUAUGCCGAGUGGUCCUAAGCGCGCUGGAAAACAUACUCAACGUCGGCAACGUCGAGGCGAAGACACACAAGCUGCCAGACAACCCCUACGCAAGGCUGUUCCUGGAUAACCACGGGGACGAAAAGCUGGCCAAAAUCGCUGCCUUCCCGGACUACCAAAUCGCAAAACGUGCCAUCAAACUGAGCCGGGGCUUCUUCAACACGCCACGGCUCUGGAACAUCGCCGACACUGACGUCAUGUACAAUAAGAUACUAAUCUAA